UAAUAUCCCAGAAGCAGCGGCGGCGGCGGUGGAACCGGCGUCAGGCGGCUGACUGGGCUUUGGGUCCCGGCAGGGCGCGGCGAGAUGGAGUUAGCGGGGGUGUCGGCGCCUACGGUCACCGUUUUCAUCAGCAGCUCUCUCAACAGCUUUCGCUCCGAAAAGCGGUAUAACCGCAGCCUCACGAUAGCCGAGUUCAAGUGUAAAUUGGAGCUGGUGGUGGGCAGCCCUGCCUCUUGUAUGGAACUGGAGCUGUAUGGAGUUGACGACAAGUUCUUGGGCAAGCUGGAUCGAGAGGAUGCGCUGUUGGGCUCAUACCCGGUAGACGACGGCUGCCGCAUCCACGUAAUCGACCACAGUGGUGCGCGCCUGGGCGAGUAUGAAGAUGUGUCCAAGGUCGAAAAAUACGAGGUGUCACAAGAAGCCUAUGACCAGAGGGAAGAUUCAGUUCGCUCCUUCCUGAAGCGCAGCAAACUGGGCCGAUAUAACGAAGAGGAGCGGGCACAGCGGGAAGCUGAGGCUGUCCAGCGCCUGGCCGCGGAGAAGGCCCAGGCCAGCACCAUCCCUGUGGGCAGCCGCUGUGAGGUGCAGGUGCUUGGGCACCCCCCGCGGCGGGGCACCGUCAUGUAUGUAGGAAAUACAGAUUUCAAGCCUGGCUACUGGGUUGGCGUCCGCUAUGAUGAGCCGCUAGGGAAGAACGAUGGCAGUGUGAAUGGGAAACGCUACUUCGAAUGCCAAGCCAAGUAUGGCGCCUUCGUCAAGCCAUCGGUGGUGACAGUCGGGGACUUCCCUGAAGAGGACUACGGGCUGGAUGAGAUGUGACAGUCGGACAGCCCAAGGCGUCAGUCCCUGAGUUUCCCUCCCUCUAUGUCCUUGGCCCUCUCCCUCUCCUAGGUUUUAUCUUAUUUACAUAUUCAUUGCUAUAGAUUUUUUUUUUUAAGACUUAUGCAUUAAAUUCUCUGCAAAGUG